UCCGACUCUGUGACAUUUUAUUUUCCUGAAAGCGCCCCAGUGCUGACAGAGCUUUCCAUUGGAUUCCACAAUAGAUUUAAGUUGAGCGCAUUCAUUUAUCUCUUGGCUUCUUCUCUGGAGUUAAACUCUUCUUAAGCCAUCAAAGGAGUUGUUUGUGUCAAGCAUCGACAGAGGGGGCGCUAUGGAGGCAGAUGUCUCUCAGAAUCACAACGAAGAAGAAGAAGAAGAACCUGUGGAUGCUGACUGCUUUCAGGUUGUGAGGACGAAGAUGAUCCAGCCGACGUCCCGAAAAGACCCCAAAGUGGAGAAGCUCACGGAAGCACUGCUGGAUUGGAUCAAUAGCACUCUGAAAACAGAACACAUCGUGGUUCAGAGUCUAGACGAGGAUCUCUACGACGGCCUGGUUCUUCAUCAUCUCCUGGCGCGAUUGGCCGGCGUGCGCUUGUCCUUGGAGGAGAUUGCGCUGACCAGCUCGGCUCAGAUCCGCAAGCUGGAAGCCGUCAUGGAGGAGUUGGACAAGCGACUGGACCAGUCGGACACCAAGUGGGACGUCAGCCGAAUCCACAACAAAGACCUCCUGGCCACUCUCCAUCUGCUGGUUGCCAUGGUGAGAUGUUUCCAGCCCGAGUUGGUGUUGCCCUCCAAUGUGAAUGUUCAAGUUGUGGUCAUGGAAGUGCGCAGGAAGGGAAUGCGAUCAGAUGUUCAAACGGAAGUCCUGACGGGGGACAGCACCAAUGUGGAGAACCUCAGCUGCACCGAUGGAGGCGUGAAUGCCGUGGAGCAACUGCUGAAGCUGGGCGCUCACAAGGUCGCAGUGGUGAAGCAGGCCCUGGUUGACUUCGUAAACAAGAGCCUGGCCAGCCUGGGCCUACACGUGUCCGACGUGGACAAACAGUUUUCCGAUGGUGUGAUUCUGCUGCUGCUGAUUGGACAACUGGAAGGCUUCUUCAUUCCUCUCUGUGACUUCAGUCUGAUCCCCGUCAACAACGAACAGAUGCUGCACAAUGUGACCUUUGCCCUGAGCCUCCUCACUCAUGCAGGCCUGCACGUGUCCUCUGUUCAACCACAAGAUUUCGUCGCUCGGGAAGUGGCCGCAACACUGAAGGUCCUCUACGCUCUCUUUUGCAAGCACGCGAGGCAAGAGGAGAAAACGUCUGUUGUGUUUCUGUGAAUUUAGUAGGAAAGCAUGAAGUAAAAAACCACAUUUAUUCCAUUGAAACCAGAUGUACUCAAAAACAAUGUUUCUUCCGCCUUGCACAACUUGUCUCGGUGAGUAAUGUUCCACCCCAGUCCUGUAGGUGGCAGUUAUUUGCACUGCAAAAGUGUGGUGAUCCCUUAGUUUAUGCUGGUAGAUAGGUCAUUUUCAUAUAAUUUGACCAGUAACAGUAAGGAAAUGGCCCACUGAAUUUCCUUAUGACAAUCAAUUAAUUUUACCGAUAUGAGCAUUUGAAUUAUUGUCAGUUGUUAUACAUCAAAAGGUCAAUUGUUUCUAAAGAAAAAUAUAUAUAUUUUAUAAACUUUUAAUACCAAAAUGUAUUUUACUGUUAUGUGUCCAAAAUGAUUUGCAACAUGUUUUCUGUUGAUGCUAAUUACAAUUUUGGCUAAAUAGGAUUUUUCUCCGAUUUCCUUUUGUAUGCAAACUAACACAAAUGCAUCUUAGUGUCUUCAGAGUUCCUUUUUUUUUUUUGUGUGUGUGUGGUUCUUUUCAAAAGCAGCCCUUAUUUGUCACGCAAGCUGUCUUUACCGUUAAUGCCACUGUCGAGAAUGUCGCAAUACACCGGAUGGCUCUGUGAGUUGAAGUGCCAGGAUGAAGCAGCCAUUUUGCAUCCACACAAUAGAAGCAAAAUAAAUGGCGUUAUGAAUUUGUGAGAAAUAAAUAGAAAUAUUGCAGCGCCUUUACCGUUAUUACGAUUAAGAGCGGUAAUACGUUUUAUGAGUACUUAGGAUAAUUUGCACACAAUUUUGCAACACGUAAAUUGUGCAACUCAUGAUUUUUAUGAACCACUGUUGUUCACGUUUGUCUUUACUGUGAUAAAAAUAAAUUUCAAUGC